GCAGUGUAGUUUGAGUCUGUUGACAUUAGCCGUGGAUGGAUGGAUGCUGCUGCUGCUGUUUCAGUGGAAACUUCAGACAUGAAUGUGAAUGAUAGACAUAUUGUGGACUUGAGUAACGGCCUGGAGAGUGUUCCUGUUUUAAUUCAACAGAAUUCACAGACAUUUCCUGCAUUUCAGUAUUCUCCAGAUAAUGUUGAGGGACCAGGAUGCACCAUCGACCCCAGUGAAGUCACCCUUCCUGGAUGCUCCUGCCAUUCUCUCUCCUGCUCCACUGCCAGCUGCCCAUGCCUGCAGACUCAUGGGCAGGUGUAUGACAGUGCUGGCACACUGCUGAACAUUAGCAGAACAGACACUGGUUACUGCUCCCCUGUUUUUGAGUGUCAUGCCCUUUGCACCUGCAGUGACACCUGCUCGAACCGGGUGGUGCAGAGAGGGCUGAGACACAGGCUGGAGGUCUUCAGCACCAGGAACAGGGGCUGGGGGGUACGAACGCUGGAGCCGAUCCCACGUGGGACGUUUGUGUGCGAGUACGCAGGGGAGGUUAUCAGUUUUGAGGAGGCCAAACACAGGCAGCUUGCACAGGGACCAGAGGAAAAUAAUUACAUCAUCGCCGUAAGGGAGCAUGGGGGCACAGGCUCUGUCACUGAGACGUUUGUGGACCCGGCGCUGGUGGGAAACGUAGGCCGCUUUCUCAACCACUCAUGUCUGCCCAAUCUGUUCAUGCUGCCAGUGCGUGUUCACUCUGUGGUUCCUAGACUGGCGCUAUUUGCUGGCCGGGACAUUGAUACCCAAGAGGAGCUAACAUUUGACUACUCAGGAGGCUACAGUAAUCAACCCCCUGUACAGCUACUGUCCACACAAACUGAUGCUGCCAUACAGGCCAGUAGGACAGAUGCACUCCAGAGGAAAACGUGCCACUGUGGUGCCAACAGCUGUGCACAGUUCCUUCCAUUAGAUUUAUCUAUUCUCAGCUGAUGUAAAUAUUAUUUCACAUUUGUUUUGUAGCAGUGAACAUUUUGAUAGAUGUUUCUUUUGAUUUCAUUUUUAAAUUAUUUAGUCAAAUUUCAGUGUGUGUACUUUCAGUUGCUUUAAAAUCUUGGUUAAUUCAGCUGCUCAUUAGGAAGUGACAAUGGCUCCAUAAACGCAAUCAACUAGAUGAGUCAUGUCUGUGCCAGUCAUUUUUUCCUGUUUUGUCUCACUUGUGUCCUCUGAUCCGUCGCUGUCUUACCACUGUCUCCCACUCAAUAAAAGAUGAUACAAUGAGAAUAAAAACUCAUGGCAAGAAAAACAUGUUCUAUUUUUCUGAGAAAGGGAACAUAUUGACAUUCCUGCCUCCUCUUUCAUUUGUACCCUCUGUUUCAUCCGUCAGACUAUACUUGCUCUGUAUAGGACAUGUCCCAGCGGGUUUACAAUCUUGUAACUGUCAUCUUGUCUUCGCACAUAUAAGUCCCAUUUCUCACACGGCACAUGAAU